CGCAUUAAUGCCAUAGUUAACUCACGAUUAAUCGCGAUUAAUCGUUUUUUUUUCCCUAUGCUAAAUAUCCCUUGAAGUCUUUGUCCCAUUAAUUUUUCUAAUUUUCAUGCUCUUAUCAACAUGGAGAAGUGCAUCGGCUUGCCUUGUGCAAAUGUUUUUUUAUUGAUAACAACAUUGGCAUAUACUGAUCAAAACAGGACGGUACAAAAAAAAAGCCUAUAAUGCAAUUUAACGAUGAACAUACAAAGAUAUGCCUUGAACAUAGCAGUCAGGCUACUGCUUCUUUGUUUUGAGGCCAAAAAAUAAAUAAAUAUUUGUAAAAAAAUUAUAAUUUGCGUUAAUCGCGCGUUAAAAAAAUUAACGCCGUUAAAAUUGGUUUGCGUUAACGCCGUUAAUAGCGCGUUUAACUGACAGCUCUAGACUCUAUGCAAGUUGUAAUAAAGCCUUAAUCUUUCAAACCUAAUCCUUCUCGACCUCUCGUUUUUUGUUAGCAUUAGAUUGUGGAUUUUUAUCAACAACAUCACCACGUGUGGACAAUAGACUUGAUUCUAGGGCAGAGCUAAGGCUGCCUGAAGAAGAACCAGGAAGCUUGUAAGUAAGUUACAUUUUUGUAUUGAAAAAAAAGGAGCCGCAUAUUAUCUUGCUGCUGGUGGGUAUAGAAACAAACUCAAACUCGUGUUUUUAGCAUUUAAGUUGGUAGAGCUGAUACUACCUCUCUGUUCUUAGUAUGUGGGCAAUCUGCCAGUUUCGUUUACCAGUUGACAUUUGACAUAAUUGUAGGAUGGAGUUACGGCCGCUUAUAAAGAAGAACCAGGAAGCUGGUGAGUUGGUUACAUUUUUGUUUUGAAGAAGGAGCUGCAUGUUAUCUUGCUGCUGAACUGCUUAAAAUGUCAACUCUCAACUAAUUUGAAUGGAGGAAGACUUGCUGGACAGACGGUAUGUCCUCAGCGGCUUUGACGACUGCUGCCCCUCCGACACCAUCUCCGUGUACAUCCACAGCUGCAGCCACGGGGCGGAGCACAGCUGGGAGGCUGCAGGUGGAGACAGCAUCGUGGUCACAUUUGAAGAGGACAUAGAUGGACACCAUUUCAUGCAGAAAACUUUAACCAAGAGGUUUAACGAAAAAAGGAUUGAGGCUUGUCGUUUGGAACUGACCAAAUCUGUUAUUGUAAAAGGAGACAUUAGUCAAUUUUCUGAAGGAUACCUUGCAGUGUAUUUCGCGUUGGAAAUGAUGAGUGGAGGGGAAAUGUUUAAGUCCUUGGUCCGGGUCAACCGAAACAAUAACAUUGUAAUUACCUAUGAAGACUGGAAAGUUGCUCAGAGGGUGGCUGAACGCAAACACACUCUGAAGGAAAAAGAGCUUGUUGCACAACUCUUCUACCCUGACUUCCAGUGGGUUCUGAAAGGGAAAACACCCCAUCGGUCAAAGUUCUCAACUGAUAUGGCCAUUCUAGUCCCACCCGAACUCCUGAGUUUUAUCAGUCACACUGAGAUAUUCAGAGAAGAGCUCACAUCUGCACUUCAAAGGGUCCAUGCAAUGGUUUCCUUCAACAUUAUCUCCAAGCACCCACAAUUGGAGCUGAAGAUGCCAAUGAGCAAGAAUUUAUUGGGUCAUCUCCGGCAUGGCCCCGCUUGGGAGACUAAUGCUCGAAUAGAGGUUCGGACCAUCUUGGAGAGGUACAUUGUGGAGCACAUCCCAAUGAAGGCUGAGGUCUGGCAGAGAGUUAAGGGUGGUUGUCCCGAAGUCAAUGCUGCUACCGCCCUCAUCUCUUUUAAAAUCUGCACCUCAGAGUUAGUGGUUGUCAGGAGACGGGUGGAAGGGGAGACACUUGCCUUGCUCAAGAUCAUGAGCAAGAUGGAAAAGGCCAAAGAUGAGCGGCAAGUAGUGAAAAGCACCAUAGAUCUCGAGGUGUUCCUUGAAAAGGUGCAAACAGCAGAACUCCUAAUCUAUCAAAUCCAAGAAAUGUUGACUUUCAAAAAGCUUGAUUCUUCCUAUCACCUUACAAGGUUUUUGCAGCCCCUUGAUUUAUGUAAUUUCCAAUAUUAUAACUUUUAUCAGGACAACAUUGUGGCCGUACUGAUCUGUGGCAAAGAUUCUGUCACAGUUCUCGCUAAGAAGGGCGACAUUGACAGAGCUGAAUAUAAACUCAAGGAGGUAAUCAAGCAAGCAUCUCUUUCCAUUUCCGGGGAGUACAAUAAGGAAACCUUUGGUGGGCAAUGGAAAACCUUUCAUGCAGAACUAAAAAAGGUCAACUUUCGAAAUGUUCUCAUCGAAUUUUCAGGAGACAAAAUGGACCUUUGUGGAUUCCGUUCUGUGGUCGACAAUGUCAUUGCCCAGGUGAAGGGAUUUCUUCAAGAAAGAAGAAAGAAGAACAAGAAAGUAGUGACAGAAGACGUCCCUCUGAAAACUUGUCAAGAGGUUGAAUUUGUUGAGUCUUUCAUGAAACUCUCAGCGGAUCCUCAGCUCAAAGCCUUGGGGGUCACCAUUUUGCCCUGCCGAUAUCCACAAUCUCCAUGUUUCAAAGUCACAGCUUCAAGUGAUCACAUCAAAGAAGCCAUAAAUGUGGUGAAUAGGUACAUAAGAACAGUAGAAACUAGAAAUUGCAUGUACUCCAAAGCUGGUGAGGCAAAGAUCCUGAAGAAUAAUAAAUUGUUACUCAAAAUGCAGGCAAAAGGCUUGGGCUGCAAUCUCGAACUAUCAGAACAAAAUAUCAGCUAUGAUCUUAAGGGCGGUGUGACAUUGACACUUUCUCAGGGUAAUGUUGCCAAACAGACUUCAGACGUUUUGAUUUGUCCACUGGUCAACAUGUCCUUCAACAAUCCUGUUGCACAGCAAUUCCUAGAAAAUGGAGGACCCGAGAUUAAAAAGGAUGUUGACGCACUUGAGAAGGCGAAGCAGAGUCUUCUGGCCGGAGAUGUGAUCAUGACCAACGCGGGCACUCUAAAAUCCAAAAAGCUCAUAUAUGCAGCAAUCCCAGUUUGGGGAAAAAACUAUUCAGAUCUGAACUCCACAUAUCUUGUGACAGCAGUCUUGCAAAGUCUUUUGAAGGGUGCCGAGAACCAGUGUGUCUCCUUGGGGAUGCCAGCACUAGGAUGUGGAACUUUUGGGUUUCCUGUAAAAGACAGCUGUGAAGCAAUAAUGAAGGGGAUAAGUAGCUUCAUUAGUUUGGGUUGUGGAUCAAUGACGACCAUUCAUCUGACUGAGUCUGAUCCCAAAACAGUUGAAGAAUUUAAAUCUGCCCUUACAAUCUUGGGUUACCAUCCAACAGAUCCCACCAAAACCAAGAUACCACUCAUUCCUUCCGCACCAGGUGCCUCCCAAACUGUACCCCUUCCAUCUCUACAAGUGUCAAACACUAUAGUGAUUGGAAGAGUCUCUGUGAUCUUGAAGAGGGCAGACAUCACUAAGGAAAAUGUAGAUGUCAUCGUGAAUUCAAGCAACCAGAAUCUCGAUCUGAACACUGGUGUGUCUGGGGACAUCCUUAAUGCAGCUGGAAAAUCAGUCGUGGAUGAAUGCAAGAAACACGGUCCACAGGCUUUUGGCGAUGUUGUGCUCACGGGUGGUGGGAAUCUGAACUGUAAACAUAUCGCUCAUAUUCCUGGACCUGUAAAGAUCAGUGCAUUUAUACUGAAGGUCCUUCAUCUGUGUGAAAGCAAGCAAGCUGCCACCGUGUCCAUUCCUACCAUUGGCACAGGUAUCGAUGGCUGUCUCCCUGAGGAUUUUGCCAAGGCAGUGCUACAGGGUGUGAAAGUGCAUAUAUUAUGCACUCCCUUCUCCAGCCUUAAAACAAUCUUUGUUGUGGCCUUUGAAGACAGGAAUUAUGACGGCAUCAAAAAGUAUUUCAACAAGCCGAGACAAAGUAAAAGCCUCAGGGCUGGCACACAAAUGACUGCUGUUCCAGUAAUCACACAUGACUUACCGCUGAAUCAAGUUAAGAUUAAGGAUGCCUUGAUUGAACUAAAGAAAGGAAACAUAACUGCAGAAACUGUGAAAGCCAUUGUCAACAGUACAAACGAGGAUGUUAACUUAAAAAAUGGUGUGUCUGGGGCCAUUUUAAAUGCUGCUGGAUCUGCAGUUGAAGUUGAGUGUUCCAAAAUUCGACCACUGAGGGGCAACAAUGCAGCAGUGACCAGCGGAGGAAGCCUGCAGUGUGACUUCAUCAUCCACAUAGUAGGCCCGAAAAGUUUGGAGCAGGCUGUUGAGCGUGUGAAGAAUGUGCUGGAGCACUGCGAGGAUAGAUGGAUCACCUCUGUGUCAUUUCCUGCCAUUGGAACUGGCGGUGGUGGAAUGAAGUUCCCAGAAUCUGUUACUGCCCUGCUGUUAGGCAUUAAAGCCCAUUUUUCAAAGCGUAAAUUCAGUGCUCUGAAGCAGAUCUUUCUAGUGGUUGACCAGGUCAAGGCGUUACAAGAGGGUCAGCAGGUCCUUCAUUCCUGGAAAAGGAUGACACAAGAUAUGGCUGAUGAUGACGACAGCAGUAAUGCCUCUUCCUGUGAGGAAGUUUACUCAGCAACCACUGCUGAAAUCGGGCCGGUGAAAGUGAAACUGUUGUGUGGUGACAUAACAAAGGAAAAAACGGAUGCUAUCGUCAGUACCACCAACACCAGCCUGAAUCUCUUUUCAGGUGUGUCAGGUGCUAUUCUCACCGCAGCUGGACAAGCAGUGGUGGAUGAAUGCACCAAAUUAGGAAAUCAACCUGGUGAUGGUGUGGUCAUCACCAAACCUGGCAACCUUAAGGUAAAAUACAUCAUUCACAUGGUGGGCCAGACCAAGGAGAAAGGCAUCAUCAGCUCAAUGCUCAAGGUCUUCAAGAUCUGCGAGGACCUUAAAAUCCGGUCGGUUUCCUUUCCUGCACUCAGCACAGGUGCUGGAAAGCUGCAUGCAGUGGAUGUUGGAAAUGCAAUGGUCACUGCAGUAGAAGAACACAUAAAAAGUACCAAAACAUCGUCCAUUAUGGAUGUCCAUAUUGUGAUUUUCCAAACCGACAUGUUCCAGGACUUUCUGAAGAGCUUGAUGAAAUUAAAAAUAAGUGCCUCCCAGGUAUGUCUGGCAAGUGCUUGCAGGGAUGUGUCCUUCCCUAAAGUGGAGGUUGAGGUUCUUGGCUGCUGUUCGAGUGCCCUGGCAAACGUCAAAAAACUUGUGGAUGACCUGGUGACGAAAGAGUGGAAGCUGCUCCAGAUCAGCUCCCCCUACCUGGCCCUCCUCCUCCCCUCAGAGAAACAGGCCAUCGUGGCUCUCAGCCGGAGCCUCCAGGUGUGCGUCAGUGUGUCGGCCCUGGACAAGGCCACCGUGUCUGGGAAGGAGGCCGACGUCCUGACCAUGGUUCUCCAGAUCGAGAAGGAUCUGCAAAAGGCCAAGGAGCGUGCGACUCGGCAGGAAGAAGAGAAGAGGCAGUGGAAGACGGUGCGCUGGGAGGUCUGCGACAGGGAGGCCUGGGCAGAACUGGACCCGUCUGUCAGUUUAGAUCUUGAGCACGCCCUGCAUAAGAAAGAGCAGCGCAUCAGCUACACCCUGCAGAACCAGACCUACACUGUGAACCUGGACAAGAUGGAGCGGACCGACAGGAAUGGAACCAUCGCUAGAAUAAAGAGGACCCUGAAGGCUGGUUCUGAAAUAGCUGUCAUAGAGCCACCAACAAAUUGGGACAGGAUGGAUGACAAGACUCUGGACAUAGUGGAUCUGUCUCCAACCUCUGAACAGUACAAACGGGUUCAAGCUAAUUUCCUGGAAACAUCCAAAAAUCCCAAUAGUGCCACCUCUGCAACAUUUACAGUGGUCAAGAUCCAGAGGAUUCAGAGCAAAGACCAAUGGCAGAGAUACGCUGUGAAAAAACAGAUGCUUGACAAGAAAUAUCCCCAGAACAUGAAUGAGAUGGACCUUUACCACGGCACAACAGCUAAGAUCUGCCAAAAGGUCAACAGCAAUGGCUUCAACAGAAGCUUCUGUGGAAAAAAUGGCACUCUGUACGGCAACGGAACCUAUUUUGCCAAGCACUCCUGGUUCUCAUGCAACUACAAAUACUCUUACCCGGACGCCCAGGGGCUGAAGUACAUGUACCAGGCUCGGGUGCUGGUGGGGAAGCCCUGCCAGGGGAUUCCUGACAUGGUGGAGCCGGCCCCCCUGGACCCCAGUAAUCCCCUCUGCGGCCUCCACGACUGUGCAGUAAAUAACGUCCAGAACCCCACCGUUUAUGUGGUGUUCAGCGAUGCAGGGGCAUACCCUGAUUACCUCAUCAGCUUCAAGGCUUCUUGACAAAGCUGCACUCCUUCUGUACCUGUGAAGGGCUAACAAAUACAUUCUUUAUUGUAUUGAAUUGCACUCAACCGCAUAUAUUUUAGAAGGAUACGUGUAGUAACAAGUUAAUCAUAUUACAAAAUAACGCGGGAAUUUUUUUGUGUGUCUAUCUCAAACAAUUGUAGGCCUAUGUGUUCUUUAUUUGACGUCUUUGUCUAUGCCCAGAGAUACCUAGUUUAUACGAAAUAUUACUCAAAUUACCUUCAAAUCGACCAUUGUCAAGCUCUUCUCUUUGCAGAUUUUGGAUAGGUAAAACGAUCAAGGGGUAAUAUUUUUUUCAGGUAUUGCUUCGUCAUUUAAGUUUUUAUAUAUCUUUUAUAUAACCCAAUUGAUAGUUGAAAUUACAUCUACAUUUACCGUAAUCUUUGCACUAUAUCAGUGCAGGGCUGCCAAGUUUCAAAAACUCCAGCCAAUCAGAUCGUUUGAAAACCUGUUCCUAUCAGAUCACUUUAUAUAUAAGUAAAGUGUGUGUUCAUAUGCUCAAUGUUAUAAUUUCAUGUUCUAAAUUGGUUUAGUUUAUUUUCAACAUGUGGCACUUCAAACAAUCAGAUUUGUGUCCUUCUUUUGUUUAAUCUUGACUGCUGUUAGCUUUCUUGAAAUGUAUUGAAUCCAGGGACCUAUUAUAGGAAAAAAAAAAAACUCGGUCACGAUAAGUUAACGGAGCAGUGAACUAGGCCCUCUCGGAUGCCAGGCCGAAACAACAUUUGUGUCACUACGACUCCUUUCAGCUGCCCACCCCUCCUCCAGCAAAAAAUAAUUACAGAAAACGGCUAAUAAAACGCUUGAGGUGGCGUUUGGAAAAGAGAAAAUUUACAUUUGUUUAGUACAUGAUAUAAAGAUAAUUAUGAGCCUUUGAUUGAAAUCAAGUCAUUUUUUGCGGAGACACAUUCCUGCUUCCCAACUUGUAUUGGAGUGAACGAGGAUAUCUACUUCUGGGCCCCUUGAAUUGAGGGACCCGUC